AUGAGCGCCUGUGGGAGGAAGGCCCUGACCUUGCUGAGCAGUGUCUUUGCUGUCUGUGGCCUGGGCCUGCUGGGCAUCGCAGUCAGCACGGACUACUGGCUGUACCUGGAGGAAGGCAUCAUCCUUCCUCAGAACCAGAGCACAGAGGUCAAGAUGUCUCUGCACUCGGGCCUAUGGCGGGUCUGCUUCCUCGCUGGUGAGGAGAGAGGACGCUGUUUCACCAUAGAGUAUGUGAUGCCCAUGAGCAACCAGAUAACAUCAGAAUCCACAGUCAAUGUCCUAAAAAUGAUUCGCUCCGCCACCCCAUUCCCACUCGUCAGCCUCUUCUUCAUGUUCAUCGGGUUCAUCCUGAGCAACAUUGGGCACAUCCGCCCCCACAGGACCAUACUGGCCUUUGUCUCUGGCAUCUUCUUCAUCCUCUCAGGCCUCUCUCUUGUGGUGGGCCUAGUGCUGUACAUCUCCAGCAUCAAUGACGAGAUGCUCAACAGAACCAAGGAUGCAGAGACCUAUUUCAACUACAAAUACGGAUGGUCAUUUGCCUUUGCUGCCAUCUCCUUCCUUUUAACAGAGAGUGCUGGGGUAAUGUCUGUGUACCUGUUCAUGAAGAGGUAUACAGCCGAAGAUAUGUACAGACCUCAUCCAGGCUUCUACCGGCCACGCCUGAGCAACUGUUCCGAUUACUCUGGCCAGUUUCUACACCCAGAUGCCUGGAUCCGGGGCCGCAGCCCCUCGGACAUCUCCAGCGAUGCCUCCCUGCAGAUGAACAGCAACUACCCAGCUUUGCUCAAGUGCCCAGACUACGACCAGAUGUCGUCAUCCCCCUGCUGA